GAGAGAGGAAGCAGAGCAAAACAGAGGAUUCUCUCUCUCUCUCUCUCAGGCCUACUGAAAGAGGAGAGCAAUUUGGUGGGUUGAGAGACUGAGAGGUUUUGAAGAAGAGGAGAAACAGAGUACUUUUUCUUCCUUUUACUUUCUGCGGGUUGUUUGGUCUUUGUUUUGGGGUUUUGGGAUCUUGUAUUGAAAGAGGUUUUGGAUUUAUUAAGAGGGUGAUAUCUGAGUUUUGGGUAUUGCUUGGUUUGUAGAAUUGAGUUGUGGAAAAGUACGAAAAUUCAGGAAGUGUUAUUUUCAAUAUCAUUUGCAUAGCUUUUCGUGAGCUGUUUGGUGGGGGGGUUUUUUGGGUUUAAGAGGGCGAGAUCUGAAUUGGGUUUCUCUUUCCUUGUUGAAUUGGGUUAGGAAAGGAAGAAAAAGAGAGGAAUUUGGUGGGUUUUCUGCUAUUUUUCUUCUUUCUCAUUGCAUUGCCUUUUUGUUUGUUUGUUUAUUUGAGUUUAAGAAGGUGAGAUCUGAAGUGGGUUUCUCUGUUUCACACUUCAACUACCUUCUCUUUUCUUUUGGAAUGGUGUGGGGAUGGGUUUUGAGCGAGUAACUGACAGUCCAGCUCUCCCACAUUGCCUUGCGUAAUUCAGCAGCAAAAACUGCAGAAGAAAGAGAAAAAGAGGGAAAAAGGAAGAGAGAUUCGUGCUCUUUUCGCAAAGGAAUUCUCUUUAAAUCCAUUGCAGAUCUAGUGAGUUCUCCUUACUGCUUCCCCUGCUUUGAAUUCUCUCUGUUUCUCUUCGCUCCGACAGAGAAAUGGAUCGGAUUUCUUCCUCAACGCUACUGCCAGAAACAUUCCAAGGUACAAACGACGAUGUUACUCAGCAGAUUGGAUUGAUUUGGGAGCAGAUCAAAGCACCACUGAUCGUGCCGCUGCUUCGGAUUGCGGUAUUUGUGAGUUUGGCAAUGUCGGUAAUGCUGUUCAUCGAACGAGUCUACAUGGGCGUCGUCAUCAUUCUCGUGAAGCUCUUCUGCCGUAAGCCCGAGAAGCGUUACAACUGGGAGCCUAUACGAGACGAUGUCGAGCUCGGAAACUCUGCCUAUCCGAUGGUUCUUGUUCAAAUUCCCAUGUACAACGAGAAAGAGGUGUAUCAGCUCUCCAUUGGAGCUGCUUGUGGGCUUUCAUGGCCGUCGGAUCGUAUCAUAAUCCAAGUGCUUGAUGAUUCUACUGACCCAACUAUCAAGGAUUUGGUGGAGAUGGAAUGCCAGAGAUGGGCGAGCAAAGGCAUAAACAUAAAGUAUGAAAUAAGGGAUAACAGGACCGGGUACAAAGCGGGAGCACUGAAAGAAGGUAUGAAACGCAGCUACGUGAAGCACUGCGAUUACGUCGCUAUCUUCGACGCGGAUUUCCAACCCGAACCCGACUUCCUCUGGCGGACCAUCCCUUUCUUCCUCCACAACUCUAAGAUCGCUCUCGUCCAAGCCCGCUGGAAAUUCGUGAAUGCGGACGAGUGCCUGAUGACAAGGAUGCAGGAAAUGUCGCUGGACUACCAUUUCACGGUGGAGCAGGAAGUGGGCUCCUCCACCUACGCCUUCUUCGGCUUCAACGGGACUGCGGGCGUGUGGCGAAUCGCAGCCCUUAGUGAGGCUGGAGGAUGGAAGGACCGGACGACUGUUGAGGAUAUGGAUCUGGCCGUUCGUGCCAGCCUCAAGGGCUGGAAAUUCGUAUACCUGGGCCACCUCCAGGUGAAAAAUGAGCUUCCAAGUACUUUCAAGGCCUACCGAUAUCAACAGCACCGGUGGUCAUGCGGACCUGCUAACCUAUUCAGGAAAAUGGCAAUGGAGAUCAUAAGGAACAAGAAAGUAACUACAUGGAAGAAGGUUCAUGUGAUAUACAGCUUCUUUUUUGUACGAAAGAUCAUAGCCCACAUUGUCACCUUCUUUUUCUAUUGCAUGGUAAUUCCGGCGACUGUUUUGGUUCCUGAAGUCGAGAUUCCUAAGUGGGGGGCGGUUUAUAUCCCUUCCAUCAUUACCCUUCUCAAUGCCGUCGGAACUCCAAGGUCUCUCCAUCUACUUGUUUUUUGGAUCCUCUUUGAGAAUGUCAUGUCUCUUCAUCGCACAAAAGCAACCAUUAUCGGUCUGUUGGAAGCAGGGAGAGUGAACGAAUGGGUUGUUACUGAGAAGUUAGGAGAUGCUCUCAAGACCAAGCCAGCCAUCAAAGCAGCAAAGAAACCUCGAUUUAAGAUUGGCGACAGACUCAAUCUCCUUGAGCUCGGCUUCGGGGCCUUCCUCUUCUUCUGCGCAUGCUACGACCUCGCAUUUGGAAAGAACCAUUACUUCAUAUACCUCUAUCUCCAGGCCAUUGCGUUCUUUGUCAUGGGUUUCGGCUAUGUUGGCACGUUCGUUCCCAACGCUUGACGUUGGACCUCAUCCACACAAUGGCCGCCUCUUUGGUACCCAUUAGACAUCCCUAGUUUCUCUCCUCCUUGAUAUAUCUAUAUGGGUUUUUAGCAGAGUUCUUCUUCCAUGCUUCUUGCUGUGUUAGAUUGUGAAAGAAAGAAAGAAAGACCCAUCUCAUUCUUUUGUGCUUGAGAUAAGCAUUCUCAUGUCAUCACAAUGAAGAAUUUCUAGUGUGAAUACUCAGGGCCAUCAGUAUGAUAUGUACUUUAAACUGUUACAUGAAAAUGAAUGGAUCGUAUACAUAAGAAGAGAAGGAAAGAAGAACCAAGCAAGUAGACAUAGGAACAACCAGUAUUUGGGCUUUUGAUUAGUUCUGUAUAAAUCAUCUGUGGAUGGAUUGUAAUUGUGGGGAUUUUUGUAGUGAUUUUUUUUUCCUUGGGUAUUGUUUGAAAGGAAAUAAGAUGGCCUGGAGCGCAAAUUUGGCAUU